CCUGCCUGAGGGACCGAGUCAGGGAUGCUGACGGGCUUCGCUCGGUUGGGCGGCUGGCGGCGAUGAGCGGCAAACGGCUUCUUAACCGGGAAGGCCGGAGCUGAGGGCCUUGGGGGACACCUGGAGAAGAGGCCUCAGGCCCUGCCCUGCAUGCGCAGGUGUCCUCGCUAGCAUCUUGGUCUUCUUCCUCUGCGGGUGCCUGGGUUAGCGCUGGCCCGCGGGUGUCUCCCCUCCGCACCCCCUUCGCCCUUUGUUUAGUAGCCUAGUCCUUUUGACACUUCUGUUGGAGUGGAGUUCUCCUCUCCUAGCACACUGAGCUGGAAGUCAAGCCCAGGAUGUAGUAGUCGUUGAGAUCAGAGGUGUCUCUUAACUAGGUAUACGUUAAAUGGUCACUCUGAAAAGUGCCUAUGGACCUAGAGAAAAGGACCUUUGUGAGUCGUCCUAAGGCAUAUUUACCUUUGGCAUGAUCUCAUAGACAUAGACCAAGCAUGUUACAAGAGCUGCCAUCACCCAAAAUAAACAUUGAGCUUAACAGCACACUUUUCUGGACACUCUUAUAGUCUCUUUUUGCUAGAGACUCUUUUUUUUUUUUUUUCCUAUAGUUUCACCUCUGAACUGCUGCCUGUUAUUGCCUCAUCACGUGAAAAAAAAUGGAUAAAUUUGGGACCUAUCAAAUGUUCAAGUUACUUAUGCAAGUUGUGUGACCUCCUUAGGUUGGAGUAUUAAAUGUGUAACAUGAAAACUUUGAACUAGGUCAUCUUUCAGCCCCCUCUUUUUUUUAUGUUUAUGAAUUCCAUGUUCCACUAUCUGCCUUUUCCCACGCUCCAGUUUUAAAAUCUACUUUCCAUCCCUGAGAGAAGGGCAUUUAGUGCUGAAGAGUCAAGUCUUUUUCACUAAAACAGUCUGGUUUGAAAAGUUGGUCAUUUCAUAACUAUCUUUUCCUUAGAAAAACUGAUUUCCCCCCUCCUUUUAAUAGCAGCAGAAAGCAAACAGCAAACCCUGAAGAGAUGCUCAGUUUUUCUUGACUUCUACAGUGAAAGACCUUGAAAAAGUUGGCACUUCUAGCCUAAGCGGCCCUCAUUCUACUGCUCACCCCAAGACAACCCAGGCUGGACUGUAGCGCUUCCCUCAUCAACCAGAGCAGCAUUUGACUGUUUUCAAAUCUAAAAGAACCCUGGCCCCAAACUUCAUAAUUGGCACCUCAGCUGCUCUUGAAGGACAGUGACUUAUUACCACCACAACAGAGCCUGCCAUCCCCAGCAGAUUGCCAGCACCUAUGACAUCAUCCCCUUCUUUGUCUCAUUCUGUGGUCUGCUAAAUGCUCAUCUCGUUGGCUUGGAUUUAGUUGGUGGUAUGGAGGGGUGCUGCUUAGCACUGACCUGAGAGUGUGUGUGAAACCCACUGACCCAAUGGACAUCAAAGGCCAGUUCUGGAAUGAUGAUGAUUCAGAAGGAGAUAAUGAAUCAGAGGAGUUUCUGUAUGGAGUUCAGGGGAGCUGUGCAGCUGACCUUUAUAGACACCCACAGCUUGAUGCAGACAUUGAAGCAGUGAAGGAGAUCUACAGCGAGAACUCCGUGUCCAUCAGAGAAUAUGGAACUAUCGAUGAUGUGGACAUUGACCUUCACAUUAAUAUCAGCUUCCUCGAUGAAGAAGUAUCUACAGCUUGGAAGGUCCUCCGAACAGAACCUAUUGUGUUGAGGCUACGGUUUUCUCUCUCCCAGUACCUUGAUGGACCAGAACCAUCAAUCGAGGUUUUCCAGCCUUCGAAUAAGGAAGGGUUUGGGCUAGGUCUUCAGUUGAAAAAAAUCCUGUGUAUGUUUACAUCCCAACAAUGGAAGCAUCUGAGCAAUGAUUUCCUGAAGACCCAGCAAGAGAAGAGACACAGUUGGUUCAAGGCGAGUGGUACCAUCAAGAAGUUCCGAGCUGGCCUCAGCAUCUUCUCACCCAUUCCCAAGUCUCCCAGUUUUCCUAUCAUACAGGACUCCAUGCUGAAAGGCAAACUGGGUGUACCAGAGCUUCGAGUUGGACGCCUUAUGAAUCGUUCCAUUUCUUGCACCAUGAAGAACCCAAAAGUAGAGGUGUUUGGCUAUCCCCCCAGCCCCCAGGCAGGUCUCCUGUGCCCCCAGCACGUGGGCCUCCCUCCCCCAGCUCGGACUUCUCCUUUGGUCAGUGGUCACUGCAAGAACAUCCCCACUCUGGAGUAUGGAUUCCUUGUACAGAUUAUGAAGUAUGCAGAGCAGAGGAUUCCAACGUUGAAUGAGUACUGUGUGGUGUGUGAUGAGCAGCACGUCUUCCAGAAUGGGUCCAUGCUCAAGCCAGCUGUCUGUACUCGGGAGUUAUGUGUCUUCUCCUUCUACACACUGGGAGUCAUGUCUGGAGCUGCAGAAGAAGUGGCUACAGGAGCAGAGGUGGUAGAUCUGCUGGUGGCCAUGUGUAGAGCAGCUUUGGAGUCCCCUAGAAAAAGCAUCAUCUUCGAGCCUUAUCCCUCUGUGGUGGACCCCACUGAUCCCAAGACUCUGGCCUUUAACCCUAAGAAGAAGAAUUAUGAGCGGCUUCAGAAAGCUCUGGAUAGUGUGAUGUCCAUUCGGGAGAUGACCCAGGGCUCAUAUUUGGAAAUCAAGAAGCAGAUGGACAAGCUGGAUCCCUUGGCCCAUCCUCUUCUGCAGUGGAUAAUUUCUAGCAACAGGUCACACAUUGUCAAACUACCUCUCAGCAGGCAGCUGAAGUUCAUGCACACCUCACACCAAUUCCUCCUGCUGAGCAGCCCUCCUGCCAAGGAGGCUCGGUUCCGGACCGCCAAGAAGCUCUACGGAAGCACCUUUGCCUUCCAUGGGUCCCACAUUGAGAAUUGGCAUUCAAUCCUGCGCAAUGGGCUGGUCAAUGCAUCCUACACUAAACUGCAGCUGCAUGGAGCAGCCUAUGGCAAAGGCAUCUACCUGAGCCCCAUCUCCAGUAUUUCCUUUGGAUACUCAGGAAUGGGCAAAGGACAGCACAGGAUGCCUUCCAAGGACGAGCUGGUCCAGAGAUACAACAGGAUGAACACCAUCCCCCAGACCCGAUCCAUUCAGUCAAGGUUCCUGCAGAGUCGGAAUCUAAACUGUAUAGCACUCUGUGAAGUGAUUACAUCUAAGGACCUCCAGAAGCAUGGAAACAUUUGGGUGUGCCCUGUGUCUGACCAUGUCUGCACAAGGUUCUUCUUUGUAUAUGAGGAUGGGCAAGUGGGCGAUGCCAACAUUAAUACUCAGGACCCCAAGAUACAGAAGGAAAUCAUGCGUGUGAUCGGAACUCAGGUUUACACAAACUGAGGGGGCCCCAGCCCUCGUACCACCCUGUUCCCCCAGGAUCCAUCUGCCCUUGUCAAAGGGCUCAGGAGCAGCAAGUGAGGCUGCCCUGAGAAAUCCAAGGGGCAAGAAAAGAAGAGGUGGCCUUCAUGGUGGAGAUUGAUCCAGGAACUACUCCACAUUAGAUGGCCCUGACUGACUCCCACCUCUGAUUUGCCCAAUUGACUUCACCCUGUUUGUAAAUAAAACAAUAAAAUGGAAGGUGCUGUGGACUGGAUAUGA